GACUUCGAAGGUCCGUACUCGUCGUAAACAAACACGUCAUUACACAUUUCGUAAUUUUUAGGAAAAAAUCUGAAGUAAUGAAAUAUACAUUAUAUUAAAUUUAUAUAAAAGAUAAAAUGAAUAGUAAUCUGUUAGAUAAUAAAUCUGAAGAUAUUAAUGGUAAAGGAACUAGAAAAUGGCUGUUAUCUCAACUGUUCAAUUUUUUUUCAAUUAAAGUAAACAAUCCACCAUUAAAAGAAGUUUCCAAUCAACAGGUGGCAUAUCAAAAUCAUGAUUUGAAUGAAUCCGUAAAAAUUGUAAAAUAUGAAAAUACAUCGUUUCAGCAAUCAUCAAAAGAAAUAUUUAUAGAUCACAUUCCAUUCAAAAGUUAUCAACUAAUGUCCGUGAAAGCAGUUGUUUGGCCCACUGUGCAUCUAUGUAGACCUUCCAUCUACCAAAUAUUCUUAUGUUUCAAAACAGUUAUCAAAAAGGCCUAUACUUUUCUACAUAUAUUUUCAUACCUUGAUGUAUUUUCUUUGUGUCAAGCUUCUCAAGUUUGUAUUUCAUGGUGGAAUCUUUCGAAUGAUUGUAUGUUAUGGGAAGAAAAACUGUGUAGAAAUUUCCGAAGUUGGCAUUUUGUAGAUUAUCUAUCUCAUCCUGAUCUAGUUAAGAAAGAAAAUCCAAACUUGAGUGCAAAAGAAAUUUACAUCAGAUGCUGUCCGGAAAAUAACAAGGUUAACAACUCCAAUAUACAUUUAAGCUUUACAAGUUUAUCAUAUUAUUUUGGGUUCUCUACUCCUCGUAUUGUUAUGUUUGGUUCUGGACUUAAUUCAAAAGGUUUAGUAAAACGUUUAUUAUGGGACAAGCAAUCUCCAUUUACUGUUAAAGGAAUGUUUCCAGGGCAGUUUGAAGGGUAUGGAUCUGGUGUUACUCUUCAAUGUAUCAAUGGGACCUUUAACCUUAUCACUUUGUAUAGUCAAACAAAAAAUAUUCGAGAGCAACAUGUUAUUGACGGUGAGAAUAAACCCAGAAGUAAACUUUUAGUUCGCAGAGAAAAUGAAAAUGAUUAUGUGCUUUCUCAGCCUGUUAAAGAGCUCUGCACAAUGGUUGAUGCAUUUAUUUAUAUUAUUAAAGCUACUACUGAAGAAGAAUUAAUGCUCAGUAUGGAUGAGUUUCAAGCCAUAAUAGACGAACGGUGGUUGCAGCCACAAUCUCCACUUCUUGUACUAUGUGUUUCUCCGGAUGCUAAUGUUAUGUGCAUUCCAGUUCUUCAUGUAGCAAAUAAACUUAAAUUGAUUAAUUUAUCUAGAAGGUGGCAAGUUCGUCAAUGUUUCAGUAACUCUUUGGCUGGCAUCCUCCCUGGAAUAUCUUGGCUUGCAAAGCAAAUUUAUUAGUAAAAUAUUUGUGAGAGUUGUACAUAUAUAGAUAUACAUUCUAUUAUUUAUUCUAUAUAAAUACAUGUACAUUCUAUUAUUUGGUUGUUAGAAAUUUAGAAGAAUUGCUUUUUAGUAGAAAUGAAAGUGAUACAACUUUAA